AUGACGGUCCAAAAGACUUCCUCGACCAAUUUCCACUUUCCUGUUCGGCCACUUGAAAGUGAUCGCGUCUUGUUGGUUCCAUUCGACUUCCCCACUCACGGCCCCCCUUUCGUUCAAGUGGGCAAAUCGCACCCAGAGAUCUUCGACUAUCUUCCCUGGGGACCGUUUGACGCUCCUGAUGAAUUUGAAGCCGUUUACAAUACUCGCAUCGGAAGCGUGCCUUCUUCGCAGCUUUACGCAAGUUACUCCAAAGGCUGGCGCGGAAAUGGACAUGGCAAUGCAGAGCCGCAUCUGGAUGAGCAUGGCAACACGUUUGCUGGAAUUAUCGGUUAUUUGAAUACCGACAAAGAACAUGGGAUAAGUGAAAUUGGAUUUGGCCAGGUCGUCACGUUCCCUGCUUUUCAAAAAUCACACUUCACUACACACGCCGUUGGACUUCUUGAGCUCUACGCCAUGGAUCUUCCGUCCCGUGGAGGUCUUGGAUUACGACGCUUGCAAUGGCAGGCUCAUGCCGAUAAUGCGCGAAGCGUCAAGGCCGCUGAACGCAUGGGCUUCCAGUUUGAAGGGAUUUUGCGCUGGGCGAGAGUCCUCCCGGAGAAUAAAUCCGGGCAUGUCCCGACGUUGAAGAGUAGCAGCGGUAGCUCCAAUCUGGAGUCAAGCUCGGGUUCGGAGCAAGCAGAAGCUGCAGAUGAAGUUGUAUCAGAACUAUUCGCCAAGAAACGUCCCGGACGGCAUUCUGCUCUUCUUGCAAUCUGUUGGGACGACUGGGUGGAUGAAAAUCUCGGUGGGGGAGGAGUUCGGAAGAAGGUGGUUGAGUUGAUGGAGCGGCAGUAG